AAUAUGCUCCUCUUGCUCUUGGCGAGCAAACGAGCAGCAGCGUCCUCACAGCUCCAGCGCCGGGGUCUCCAUUCCCUCGCAGCGUUCGCGGGAUCGAGCGAGGAUGAUCCCGAGAGGAUCUCCAGCAAGAGCUACGCCCGCAAAUUCGCCGACCUCGACGGCGUCUCGCGAGCCCUAAGCGCGGGCGCAUCCUACAGCUCUCUCCUCCAAGAAUGCGGCCAUCGCCGAUCGCUCGCCCAGGGUAAGCUCGUCCACUCCCACAUCCUCGAGCAGCGCCGGAUGCACAUCUACGUCGAGAAUCUGCUCGUCCAGAUGUAUGGCAAAUGCGGCAGCGUCGCCGAUGCUCUCGCGGUUUUCCACGCGAUCGAGCAUCCAAACUCGGUCUCCUGGACGCUCAUCGUCGCGGCAUUUGCCCGGAAUGGGCAUUACCGGGAGGCGCUUGGCUACUACCGGAGGAUGGUGCUGGAAGGAUUGAGGCCGGAUGGAGCGAUGUUUGUGGUGGCGAUCGGGGUGUGCUCCAGCUCCAAAGAUCUCAAGCAAGGCCAGCUCCUCCACGCGAUGAUCCUCGAGACCCGGCUGCUGGAGUUUGAUAUCAUCCUCGGCACCGCGCUCAUCACCAUGUAUGCCAGGUGCCGGGAUCUCGAGCUCGCCCGGAAGACCUUCGAUGAGAUGGGAAAGAAAACUUUGGUCACCUGGAACGCACUGAUCGCUGGCUACUCGCGAAACGGGGAUCACAGGGGUGCUCUCAAGAUCUACCAGGACAUGGUUUCCAAGUCUGUCAAGCCGGACAAGCCAACUUUCCUGGCUGUUCUCGACGCUUGCUCGAAGCUUGGAUCUCUUUCGGAGUUGCGGAUGCUCCAUCUCGACAUACUCGAGCAAAAGAUGGCGGCCGACUUGAUCAUCGGGACUACUCUCGUCAGCGCCUAUGGGAAGUGCCGGAGCCUCAAGGAUGCUGAGGCGGCCUUCAGCUCGCUCGCCACGAAAAACGUCGUGUCGUGGAACGCGAUGAUCUCGGCCUACUGCCACAAUGGCCGUCCCGAGAAAUCGCUCGAGCUCUUCCACGAGAUGGAGCCGCAGGAGGUGAAGAGGGACGCUACCACUUUCAUGUCCGUGCUCGAAGCUUGCGCUACUAUGAAGUCGCUCCAGCAGGGAAGGCUCGUCCACGCAGCGCUCGAGGGCAGCGGCUUUGAUCUAAACUCUUUCGUCACCGGCACGGUGGUAAACAUGUACGCGAAGUGUGGGAGCUUGCAAGACGCCCGCAGAGCGUUCGACAAGAUGGCGACCAAGACAACGUGUGCAUGGACAACGAUGAUCACGGCCUAUGCACAGCUCGGGUCUCCCAGGAAAGCUCUCGAGCUAUACCACGCCAUGGAGCCCGAAGGAAUGAAGCCGGAUGCAAUCACCUUCUCCAGUGCUUUGUACGCGUGCACGGUCGUCGGAGACAUCUCUCAAGGCAGGGAAAUCGAGGCUCGCACGGUAGCAAGCGGCUAUGCCUCGGACUCGAUUGUCCAGAAUGCGCUCAUCAACAUGUACUCCAAGUGUGGAAGCUUGGAGUCGGCCAGGAAAGUUUUCGAUCGGCUCAAGAACAGGGACGUGAUAGCCUGGAACACGAUGAUCUCCGGGUAUGCCAAGCAGGGUGCCGCUACACAGGCUCUCGAGCUUUUCCAACGGAUGGGACCGAACGAUCCAAAGCCAAACGUGGUGACUUUCAUUGGCCUCCUCACCGCUUGCACCAACUUGGAGGACUUGGAGCAGGGAAGAGCCAUCCACAGGAAAGUGAGAGAGGACGGCUACGAGUCGGACUUGGUGAUCGGCAACGUCCUUCUCAACAUGUAUACCAAGUGUAGCAGCAGCUUGGAGGAGGCAAGGCAGGUCUUCGAGAGAAUGCGUACGAGGGACGUGAUAACUUGGAACAUACUGAUCGUGGCAUACGUGCAGUAUGGACAGGCCAAGGACGCUCUCGACAUCUUCAAGCAAAUGCAGCUAGAAAACGUCGCUCCAAACGAGAUCACGCUCAGCAACGUCCUCAGCGCCUGUGCUGUUCUCGGUGCCAAGCGUCAAGGCAAGGCAGUCCACGCGCUCAUCGCUUCCGGAAGGUGCAAGGCCGACGUCGUCCUGGAGAACUCGCUCAUGAACAUGUAUAACCGGUGCGGCAGCCUCGACGAUACAGUGGGGGUCUUCGCGGCUAUCCGUGACAAGAGCUUGGUAUCCUGGAGCACUCUCAUCGCCGCCUAUGCUCAGCACGGUCACUCGAGGACGGGGCUGGAGCACUUCUGGGAGCUCUUACAGGAAGGCUUGGCAGCCGAUGACGUGACUAUGGUGAGCACUCUCUCGGCCUGCAGCCAUGGAGGGAUGCUCAAGGAAGGCGUCCAGACUUUCCUCUCCAUGGUCGGGGACCACGGCCUCGCUCCAGACUACCGGCACUUUCUCUGCAUGGUAGACCUCCUGAGCCGAGCAGGGAGGCUGGAGGCUGCCGAGAACCUCAUCCACGACAUGCCGUUCUUGCCGGACGCGGUUGCCUGGACGAGCCUACUAAGCGGCUGCAAGCUACACAACGACACGAAGCGAGCGGCUCGAGUAGCGGACAAGCUCUUCGAGCUGGAAUCGGAGGAUGAGCACUCGACCGUGACGCUUCUGUCCAACGUUUACGCGGAGGCUGGGAGAUGGGACGACGUUCGAAAGACGAGGAACCGGAGAGCCGCUAGGAAGAACCCAGGCUGCAGUUAUAUCGAGAUCAACGACACGGUGCACGAGUUUGUGGCCGGGGACAAGUCUCAUCCCGAGGAGGAGCUCAUCGCCGCGGAGAUAAAGAGGCUGAGCAAGCAGAUGAAGGACGCUGGCUACGUCCCGGACAUGAGGAUGGUGCUGCACAACGUCAAGGAGGAAGAAAAGGAGCAAAUGCUGUGCUACCACAGCGAGAAGCUGGCGAUUGCUUACGGCUUGAUAUCCACACCGCCUGGGACGCCGCUCCACAUCGUCAAGAACUUGCGAGCUUGCGUCGACUGUCACGCGGCCGCCAAGUUUAUCUCCAGGAUCGUGGGCCGGAAAAUCGUGGUCAGGGACUCCACUCGCUUUCAUCACUUCGAGAACGGUUCAUGCUCUUGCAAAGACUAUUGGUGAGGUGAUGGAGUUUCUUUUCUUUUUAUCGCCUGUGACCAGCCAUAGCACUUCGUCUGGAGUUAUUUCUAUAUUGCUUUCAAGUUUCGGAAGAACCGAUAAUUCCCUCGCUUUGGCGCUCUCUGCAAGAAGAUGCUUGAAACACAGGACAUAACAACUUCAAAUAACUGGACUCGUUCGUCCCAAAGCACUGAAGGGAAUUCAUUCACACCGCCACAACAACAUGAUUUGAAUGAACCCGGAUGAGAUUUCAAUGAGCCACGACGACCAUAUUGUUUGGGAAUUCAUAUCAAAGCACUGCGUUGGAAGUGGUAAUCUAAUACAAAGACUUUUAACAAGGAGGGAGGCACGGCACAUCCAUCGAAAUCGUGGGAGUUUAGUUGUCAAUCAAGAUCAUGGAGUUGAACUGGAUGUCAAACCAUUCAAAUCGUUUUUCAAGACCAAAUGGUAAGAUCCACGACUCUUUUAACUUAGCCGUUACAGGAGCCGAUCAAUCCAAUCCAUCCAAUCAGUCUAUUUGCUCUCGAUGUUUACAACUUACAAGAACUAGCAAAGAACUAGCAUCUCCUUGAGAACCCAACCGGCGAGAACCACGAAUCAAGUUACAGAAAAAAGAGAGAGAGAGAGAGAGAGAAGUAUUGGCCGCUCGCUCGGGGUGGAGUUUUGAUCAUUGCCCCACUCAUCAAACAAAUUCUAUAGUAAA